AUGAAACAAUCGCUCCCCCAAUUUUCUCUUCCAACCCUAGCUUCAUCGACACCUCUUUCCCGUGUGCUGCUCGCCUCUCCGGUGCCGUACGGCGCUGUGAGAGGGCUCGACCCGUUCCCGUCUAAUCUAACAUCCUCACCGGCGUGGGUAGGUCUCCGGAUCUCGGACCUGGCUGUGGCAACGACUUCAUCGUACUCCACUGGGUCAAGAUUUUCAUCAGGUGGAUGUGAAACAGAGUAUAGAAGACUGAGUGAAAGAUUUAAUCAACUUUCCAUUGAGGAACGUGGGAAACUCGAUGAAGAGUUGUUAACAUCAACAGCUCCAAGAUACGGACACCUUGGGAUUUUGCAUUCAUUCAUUGAGAUCCAAAGAGAUGGAGUAUUUGUAAGGAAAGAUGAGAAAAAAGAUGAAAGAGUGGAUUGCAUUCUUGAUAUGAUCCAAAGAAAACAUGAUUGGAGUAAUCAUGUUUGGAGAGUAGAAGAAACUACCAAGUUUGUAUUUGAGGCAGCUGGCGAUGAGGAAGGAGAGGAAGGAGAGGAAGGAGAAGAUCAAGCAGCUGUUAUUGAGAUUGGCGAGAAUAGUCAUGCCACAAUAAAUGUUGAUGGCAGAACUGAUGUUUUGGGAAGAAACAAGAGAAAGCAUGCAGACCAAGGAGCAGAGUCAAGGAAGAAGGUGUUGUGCCAGCUAGCUGCUUCAUCGAAAGGGAACAAUGACGCAGAUAUGCGAAAAUUCUUGGAAGGUGUUUUACAAGCUUCUUUUACGGUUUUGGAGGAGAAACUCAGUCAGCAGUUCUUAGAUAGAAUUAACAAGUUUGAGACAGUGGUAAUUGACAGAUUGGGAAAGAUUGAGACUAAGGUUACACAGCUCAGGAAAAAAUUACUGGUGACUGAAUUGGCAGGAAAGAAUGAUCAACCAAACGCUGAUGAUAUAUAUGUCAAUUUGCCUCGUAUAAACUUGACUCAGUCAUCAGCUAUUGAUCUUCAUAUGAGUACACAAGAAUUUAUGGAAAAUUGCUUGAAGGAUCUUUCUGAGGAAAUGGUUUUUAAUGGUUUCGAUCUUUCUCAACUUAAAGCCAAAGAUUCUUUGGAAUGGUUGGAACCUCCAACAUCUUUGAAGAUAACAGCACCACGAUUAGAUGACCGAAAGAUAAAGCAAGCCGGGAAAGAUGAUCCUGACAGCUGCUUGGUGUUUGUGCGUGAAGAAGAUUUUCAGAAGAUGAACGACUGGACUAAUACAAAUACAGGCCUACAGCUCAGUCCUUCUAUACUAGAUAAGAACCUAGGAUUGUGUGUUGUAUCGCCUAGCAGCUGGCUUCAAAACUACAUAAGGAUUCAACUGGUAAAUUCUAUAAAAU